GCCACCAAAAGUUUUAAGAUACACAUAAAGAGAGAGAAAAGAUUAGUAACAUCACCACCAUCCAUCAAAGCACCUUCCCUCUUCUCCUCCUCCUUCAUAAACACCCAAAUCCUGUUAUUUUCUUUGAUGUUCUCCAUGGAUGUCACAGAGGAAGCUUCACCUUCAUUUCUGCUUAUUGCCUCACCCUAAUUAUACUAAAAUAAUUAUCAAAUUGCACCCUUCAGAACAUAAAGUCUACCCUUUUCUCUACCUUUCUUCUCUUCCUCUCUCUUCUUCAUAGUAGUGAAAUUUCUUCUGUUGUUUAGGUUUUUCAGUAGGGAAAUUUAUCUUGGUUUGGUUCCAUGGAUUCAUAUGAAGCUACAAGAAUGGUGUAUUCAAGGAUCCAUAACUUGGACCCUGAAAAUGCCUCAAAAAUUAUAGGGUAUUUGCUUAUACAAGACCAUGGAGAGAAGGAGAUGAUACGUUUAGCCUUUGGACCAGAGGCUCUUAUACAUGCGACGGUUAUCACGGCCAAAACCCACUUGGGUUUACUCUCCUCCUCAAACCCACCAACACCCUCCACUCCUUCCUCCCCUUCUCCUUUCUCUUCAAGACCUCGUCCUCUGUCCAUCCCUGCAAGUACCAGACUCAACGCUGCCAACAAUGGCGGUUUUGACAUCACAAACCCUUCUUCUCCGUUUAGCCACCUCCCCAUGAGUCCCAGCACCAAUUCUCCUCUCUCUUAUGCCAGUAUUGUCAAUGGAGCUAACAACAUUGCAAAUGGGCCUGGAUCUUUGCCCUCCAUUACAAAUAAUUGUAACGAAAAUGAAUUCGUCGACGAUUACCAGUUACAGGACCACCUUUCUUUCCUCAAGGAGUCCAAAGCUGAAGACUUGUUCGAUCCCCGGCUUGACUUAGCGAUGAGCCCAACUGGGUUGGGCGAUUCUUCUCUGCACCGGCGGAGUUUCUCUGUUCCAGGAAUGUGUUUUGGCUCUGAAGAUGUAAAUUCUGGGUUGGGAUGGAAACCCUGUUUGUACUUCGCCAGGGGAUUUUGCAAAAAUGGCACUAGCUGUCGAUUUCUUCAUGGGGAUUGUGCCGACGGUGGGGCCUCCGCCGUCGUUGGCUCGCCAAGCAAUCUCAACGAGUUCGAACAGUGCCAGGAGCUGCUUAGAUCAAAGGCGCUCCAACAACAACAACAAAAACUUGCCUCUGCUUCUCAGUUCAUGGCAGCCGGAGCCUCUUUUCCAUACAACAAAUGUUUGAAUUUUCUGCUGCAACAACAAAAUGAGACCCAAAGAUCGGCAGCACCAUUGAUGAUGGGGGAUGAGCUUCUCAAGUUUGGCCGGGGCCGCCUGGAAAGGAAUGAUUUUUCAUCAAUGGGACUAGGAGGAAUGGUGAACCCAGGUUCCAGACAGAUUUACUUGACAUUUCCAGCUGACAGCACCUUCAGAGAAGAAGAUGUCUCAAAUUAUUUCAGCAUUUAUGGACCAGUUCAGGAUGUGAGGAUUCCUUACCAGCAGAAGAGGAUGUUUGGGUUUGUUACAUUUGUGUUUCCUGAGACAGUGAAGAUCAUUCUGGCUAAAGGAAACCCUCAUUUUGUUUGCGAUUCGCGUGUGCUUGUUAAGCCUUACAAGGAGAAGGGGAAAGUUCAAGACAAGAAGCAACAGCAUCAGCAACAGCAAUUGGAGAGGGGAGAGUAUUCGGCCUGCCCGAGUCCAUCCGGACUUGAUUCUAGAGACGCAUUUGAUCUCCAACUUGGAGCAAGAAUGUUUUACAACAAUACGCAAGAGGUGUUGUUGAGGAGGAAAUUAGAGGAGCAGGCUGAUUUGCAGCAAGCCAUUGAGCUCCAGGGGAGAAGGCUGCGGAAUUUGCAGCUUCUUGACCUCAAGAAUCAUCAGUUCCACCAUGGUCUGUCCGCUGGUUCUCCUGUCCCCUCACCAACUGUAUCCCUAGCCCCAAACAACCACGCACUAGUUUUCCCGGUCGAUGGCAUUGAUCAAGAAGCACUUCCAGAAGAGAUUGGUGGUAGUACGGCUGCUGCCACAUCCCAGACCCAGACUGCUGGUGCAGAUGCUGAUAAGCAGCUGGAGCAAGUGAAUCCAGCUUGCAAUCAUAACAAUGACAAUGGUAAUAUUAAUAGUAAGGGGAAGAAAAUCAAAAGUGAAGAAAGUGAUCUCCCUGAAAGCUUGGAUCACAUUCUCCCUGAUAACCUCUUUGCUUCACCGAAAAAGUCCACUAGCGACCACCUCACUGCUUUCUCCACUGCUUCUGUAGAGGUUGUUGACAAAAUCCCAAGUCCUACAACAUCAAGUUCUGGCAACAACAACCCUUCCCUGGCUUCUCUUAACUCAUGCUUUCUACAAAUGCCAAGGAUUUCUUCUGGACACGGUGCCAUUGGCAUGUAGUUGGCUUAGGUGCAUGGCUAGCAAAGAGGGGAUUGAAUAUGUUAGGGUAAGAGACCAUCAAUCUUUUUCCUAAGCACAUGGAUACAUGGUGGUCAAAUGUGGUUCUCUUUGUAAUGUUGGGGUUAUUGUUUUCAAUGUUUGCAGAAUAUAUUGGAAGCAUAUACAAGGUCAAGGAAGAAAAAAAAAAAUUCCUCAAGCUGUAUAUCUAAAACCAUACCCACAACAAAGGAAAAGAUCUCUAGGCAAGGUCUCAGCAAGAUCACCAUCAGCAAUCCAUACAAUACUAUUUACAAUCAAUACAUAAUGCAUAGGCAAAGGACAGAUGAACAAAUUUAUGGGAGUGGGGUCUUUUCUCUUCAUCUUCUGUGUACCCUCCCUCUAGGUAAAGUUGUCUUGGACCACAAAGCAAUAGCAGCAGGAAAAAAAACAAAGGCUAGCAGCAGUGAUAGUAACUCUUUUCUCAUAUAUAUUGUAAUUUUACUCUUUAACCCUCCUUUCUAGUGAGGUGAAAAAAAAACUAUAAAGAAAAUGAAAGUUGUAUGAAGAAUAGACCCUGGAAGUUUAAAAAGCAGUGUAGCAGGAGCAUAACUACUAUUCUGAUGCACAAACUUAAAAAGGAAAAACAGGCCAAUGACUCAGACGGGUGUUUGGGGGGGUGGUGGAGGAUGAAAGCUGUCUCAGGCACUUUUGUAAGUUUUUGUUGUUCUUGUUAUCUCAGUGCCUGUCAUGUAUUAGAUUUUGAAGCAGGCAGGCAAGUGAACAGGAAGGAAAGGUGUUGGAAAAAAAUAAAAGAAAAAUGGGAAAAAGAAAAGGUUGCUCUUUCAUGUGAUUAAAGGUGACUUUAGGGGACUCUUUUGUCUCAUUUUGUGGUUUCUUUUAGGUGGGCAUGAAUGGGUAAGGGC